UGCGGAUUGUUUUCAACCAAACAGGAAGUGAUCUGUUUUACUCGCACACACCUCGCGCUCUGUAGCCCUCGAAAUCAAUCCAGGAAGGGUUAUCGUCAGACAAAGUGCACCAUGGGAGGAGCAGUGCUUCCUCUGGUUAUAGCAAGUGUGGGAGUGUUGCUGCUGCUCCAGCUACUUCUCCGCCUCAGACGGGGAGCAUCCGUCCAGGGUGCGGUCGUGGUCAUCACAGGAGCCAGUUCUGGGCUUGGAAGAGAGUGUGCACGAGUCUUCCACACUGCAGGCGCUCGGCUUGUGCUGUGUGGAAGAGACGCAGCUCGCCUGCAAGAGGUGGUGCAGGAGCUUAGGGGAAACUCAGCAGACGGUCAGCGCCAGACUUUCGCUCCCAGCACUGUUGUCUUCGACCUGGCCAAAGCAGACUCUGUGGGAAAAGCUGCCGAGGAGAUCCUAAAAUGCUACGGACAUGUAGACGUCCUCAUUAAUAAUGCAGGAAUCAGUUACCGUGGCAACAUACUGGACACCCACAUGUCUGUUCAAAGAGAUGUUAUGGAAACCAAUUACUUUGGUCCCAUUUCUCUCACUCAAGCUCUCCUGCCCUCCAUGGUUCAGAGGCGCAGCGGCCACAUCGUUGUCAUCAGCAGCGUCCAGGGAAAGAUAGGCAUUCCUUACAGAUCUGCUUAUGCAGCAUCUAAGCAUGCCACUCAGGCCUACUUUGACUGCCUGCGGGCAGAGAUGGGACACCUGGGUAUCCCAGUAACGGUGAUCAGCCCCGGGUACAUCAGAACCAACCUGUCGGUCAACGCUGUAACUGGAGAUGGAUCCAUGUAUGGAGUUGUGGAUAAAACCACGGCGUCGGGUUGGGACCCCAGAGAUGUGGCACACGCGGUUCUGAAGGCCGUCCGUCUGAAGAGCAAAGACGUGGUUUUGGCCGGACCCCUGCCCACCGUGGCCAUCUAUCUCCGUACACUGUGGCCCACGCUCUUCUUCAAACUCAUGGGGUCGCGGGCUCGCAAAGAGCAGAAACGCAAAGACGAGUGAUGCGGCAGCUAAAAGGGAUUACGUACGAGUGAGUCGGGCCAAACUGGGACUCUGGACGCUCGAGGUCAAACGGAUUUAAAGUGGACAGAGUGAGCUCUUUGGUAAUUCUUCACACUGCUGGACCCGGUUCCGGGUCUCGCAGAAACCAGCGUGUUUUUUGCAUAUUGUGGGAUUACGGCUAAAAUGUUCUGGAACUAAUCAGGUGAGGCCGGCUGCUUCCUGAUAGAAAUGACGUCCAAGUAUGACCAGAAAUCUGUUUCAAUGUCAUUUGUAAAUGCCACAUCAUUAUUUAUCAUAAACAGAAGUAUUAGAGACCAAAUGAAACAGGUGAUGUGAUAUCAACUGCUUGCAGUUUUGUUAAAUGACUAAAUAAUCUGAUCACAAUGGAUAAAAAUCCUCCAUGUUUUGGUUCUGACCCCAUCAGCUUAGCUUUCAGGGAUUCGUUUUAAACAAAAGUCAUACUGUGCUUUUCAGACAUUUUCUCCUUAAGGGAAACACUGUUUAUCUCCAUUUCCUGUUUAACCACAAUAAUGCAUUUUUCAGCCUCCUGCAUUCAGUACAUUUCUGUUGACUUACUGUUAUCUUCCAAUGUGCAUACAAUUUGGAGGUGUGGGCGCACAGAUCUAUGGGGAAAGCAUGCUAGUCAUACAACUAUUCAUUACUGCAAAUUUGAAUUGGUGUGGUGAGAAAGGCUUGUAGGUAAAUGAACGUUUUUACAACUUAAAGUUCACCUAAAUCAAAGGUGUUUUAGUAUUUACGGCAGAUCUAUGGAUCAGUGAAAAAGUCGAAAAACUUGAAACUGCCAUCAACAUCCCACGACUGGGACAAUUAGCACAAGAAACGACAAGCAGAUGUUGCAUCUAUCUUUAUACACUGAAUAAAAACAGCUCUUACAAAACUUAAAACAGGUUUAUCCUUUUAAGAUGACACCUUAAUAUUAAGUUAAACAGAGAAAAACACUUUAAGAAAUGUUAAUAAAUAGUCCAAAUAUCAUUUUUUUCAUUAUGUUACACAGGCGCAGAGAAUAUUGGAAAUAACAUUUGUACAAAUCCUUCAACAGAAAAAGACAAAACGUUCCAGAUUAAAAUACAAAACCUGCCAUUUA